CAUCACGCCAUCCCCAUUCUGCCAUUCUGAAGAAGAGAGCAUUGAGAGAAUCAGAGAGAAAGCGUUGAUUCGAAGCAGCAAGCAGAAAGAAAAAUGGUGAACUUUUUGCUGGAAAUCAAGGCGGAGCUUGAAAACCUCACCGACCUUCAGCCACAUGGAGGUUGCGAUGAUGAAAACUUCCGUUACCACUUCAAGCUAAAGUGUGGCCAUUGUGGUGAAAUCACCCAAAAGGAGACUUAUGUUAGCUUGGUUGAAACUGUUCCUCUUCCUAUUGGCAAGGGCCACACCCACCUUAUCCAGAAGUGUAAGUUCUGUGGCAGGGAUGGUACAAUAACCAUGAUCACUGGCCGCGGCCGUCCUCUGACUCACGCUGAUAGUGAAGCUGGAAAAUCUGCACCUUUGAUGCUAUUUGAGUGCAGGGGUUUUGAGCCGCUGGAUUAUGUUUUCCAAGGAGAAUGGGAAGCUAAAUCUCUUGAGGGGACGAAAUUUGAAGGCAUUGAUUUAUCCGGAGAUGAGUUUGCUGAGUAUGAUGAAAAGGGGGAGUGUCCAGUGAUGAUUUCCAAACCAAGUGCCACUUUUAAUGUAGUGAGGGUUUGUUAUCUUGGAGAAUCCAUUGAAGUCAAACACUGGCAGGUUCCUUUCUCACGAUGAAAUGGAUGAAUCCACACCCGUUUCUGCCCCAAGUUAACAAGACUGAUUACGGCAUAGAGAUGGCAAUGGUGGUCGUCAGUGUAACAAACGCUCUGAAAGGCCGUGAACUAGCUCAUUCUCAAACCUGGGCAUCCGGCAGUGUCUCUGCUCGUCGACUUACAUUUUGAGGCGCUUGCAUGGCAAUCGUGAUUCGUGGAUCCUGAUUGAUGUGAGGAAAGAAACGUGAAAGAUCACAACCAAGAUAAAGUGACAAUAACCUCAUUAUCAUGCAUAUGAUGUAAUAGUACAAUAGAAACAUUUUUCAUCAAGAAAAUAAAGGAGAAGAUCUGGCAAAUGCUGA